GCGGAGACCCACGGAAAAACUCCAAAAUCUAUCCGCUUUGCCGCUGGCGGCCCAGCCCGAGAGGGGACUCGGAGGAGGGUGUGCAGCUCCGUCUUCCCCCAAAGGCCGCUGCGCCCUCCCCUGCUCCAGCUUCUUGCAGGGACCUCGGGAAGUGUUCCUCCGCCACUCAGGUCCCCUCUCCUACAGAAAGAAAGGGACACUCCGGGAGCUGGACAGCCAUGGGCCCGACCCAGCGUGACUGAACACAGCAGCCCCGGGAAGCCACCCCUUCAGGUCUGCUCAGGGUCCGCACGUGGGGCUCAGACAAACUCAAAAUGAGGAAGCACCGGCACUUGCCCUUGGCGGCUGCCUUCUGCCUUUUGCUUUCAGGCUUUUCGCUGACCCGAGGUCAGCAACAAGCAGAUGUCAAAAAUGGUGCCGCUGCCGAUAUAAUAUUUCUAGUGGAUUCCUCUUGGAGCAUUGGAAAGGACCAUUUCCAGCUCAUCCGAGAGUUUCUGUACGAUGUUAUAAAGUCUUUAGCUGUGGGACAGAAUGAUUUCCGUUUUGCUCUGGUCCAGUUCAACGGCAACCCGCGCACCGAGUUCCUGUUAAACACGUACCACUCCAAACAAGAGGUCUUGUCCCACAUUUCCAACAUGUCUUACACUGGGGGCAGCAAUCAGACCGGAAAAGGAUUAGCGUACGUAAUGCAGAGCCACCUCACUGAGGCCGCCGGCAGCCGGGCCGGGCACGGAGUCCCACAGGUUAUCGUAGUGCUCACCGACGGACGCUCGGACGACCGCCUCGCUCUGCCCUCCGCCGGACUUAAGUCUGCUGACGUCUUUGCGAUCGGAGGCAGGGAUGCGGAUGAAGGAGCCUUGAGGGAGAUAGCGAGCGAACCGUUCCAAAUGCAUGUUUUCCGCCUAGAGAAUGUCACCUCCCUUCAUGACAUAGUAGGCCGCUUAGUGUCCUCUGUGCACUCAUCCUUGGCUCGACAAAGGCCUGGAGACACAGAGACCCUUAAAGACGUCACAGCACAAGACUCUGCUGACAUUAUUUUCCUUAUUGAUGGAUCAGACAACACCGGAAGUGCCAAUUUCACAGUCAUUCGGGACUUCCUUGUAAACCUCCUUGAGAGACUGUCAGUUGGAACCCAGCAGAUCCGAGUGGGGGUGGUCCAGUAUAGCGAUGAGCCCAGAACCAUGUUCUCCUUGGACACCUACCCCACCAAGGCUCAGGUUCUGGAUGCUGUCAAAGCCCUGGGGUUCAUUGGCGGGGAGCUGGCCAAUGUCGGCUUUGCCCUGGAUUUCGUGGUGGAGAAUCACUUCACCCGGGCAGGGGGCAGCCGAGUGGAAGAAGGGGUUCCCCAGGUGCUGGUCCUCAUAAGUGCCGGCCCUUCUAGUGACGAGAUCCGAGACGGGGUUGUGGCACUGAAGCAGGCUAGCGUGUUCUGUUUUGCCCUCGGAGCCGAGGCCGCCCCCAGGGCGGAGUUUCAGUACAUAGCUACCAAUGACAACCUGGUAUUUACUGUCCCGGAAUUCAGUAGCUUUGGGGACCUGCAGGAGCAAUUACUGUCGUACAUUGUUGGCGUGGCCCAAAGGCUCAUUGUCUUGCAACCGCCAACCGUUGUCACACAAGUCGUCGAAGUCAACAAGCGGGACAUAGUGUUCCUGGUGGAUGGCUCCGCGGCGCUGCCCACAGCCAACUUCAACGCCAUCCGCGACUUCAUUGCCAGAGUCAUCCAGAAGCUGGAGAUCGGGCCGGACCUUGUCCAGGUGUCGGUAGCUCAGUACGCAGACACUGUGAACCCCGAGUUCUACUUCAACACCCACACCAGCAAGAGGGAGGUGAUCUCAGCCGUGAGGAAGAUGAGGCCCCUCGGGGGCUCGGUGCUGUACACGGGCUCCGCUCUGGACUUCGUCCGGAACAGCCUGUUCACGACCAGGGCCGGCCACCGGGCCGCCGAGGGCGUCCCGAAGCUCUUGGUGCUGAUAACAGGUGGUAAGUCGCUAGACGACGUCAGCCAGCCGGCCCAGGAGCUGAAGAGGGACGGCAUCCUGUGCUUCGCCGUUGGGAGCAAGGCUGCCGACCAGGGCGAGCUGGCGGACAUGGCCUUCGAUUCGUCCCUGGUGUUCACCCCGGCCGAGUUCCAGCUCGCUCCCCUGCAGGGCAUGCUGCCCAGCUUGCUGGCACCACUGAGAACCCUCUCCGGAACCACUGAAGUUCACGCAAACCAAAGGGAUCUCAUCUUCCUUUUGGAUGGAUCACUCGGCGUCGGAAAGACCAACUUCCCCUAUGUGCGGGACUUUGUAAUGAACGUAGUUAACAGCCUUGAUGUUGGAGGCGACAGGAUUCGCGUGGGUGUAGUGCAAUUUAGUGACGCUCCGGUCACAGAGUUCUCCCUAAACACAUACCAGACCAAGGCAGAUGUGCUCGCGCACCUGCGGCGGCUGCAGCUGCAGGGGGGGUCGCGCAGGAACACGGGCUCCGCCCUGCGCUACGUGCGCGCCCACCACUUCACCGAGGCCGGCGGCAGCAGGAUCCGCGCGCACAUCCCGCAGCUCCUGCUCCUGCUCGCGGCCGGCCGGUCGGAGGACUCCUACUUGCACGCCGCCAAUGCGCUGGCCCGCGAGGGCAUCCUGACCUUUUGUGUGGGAGCCGAGCAGGUGGAUAAGGCCGAGCUUGAGCAGAUCGCUUUUAACCCGAGCCUGGUGUAUCUCAUGGACGAUUUCAGCUCCCUGCCGGCUCUGCCCCAGCAGCUGAUUCAGCCCCUAACCACGUAUGUCAGUGGGGGUGUGGAGGAAGUCCCACUGGCCCAGCCAGAAAGCAAGAGAGACAUUCUCUUCCUCUUCGACGGCUCAGCCAAUGUCAUGGGCCAGUUUCAGCCCGUCCGGGACUUUCUCUACAAGAUAAUUGACGAGCUGGACGUGAGGCCGGAGGGCACCCGAGUGGCCGUGGCUCAGUACAGUAACGAUGUCAAGAUGGAGUCCCGCUUCGAUGAGCAUCAGAACAAGCCCGAACUCCUGAAUCUGGUGAAGAGGAUGAAGCUCAAGACCGGCAGGACCAUCAACCUGGGCUACGCCCUGGACUACGCGGACAGAUACAUCUUCGUGGAGUCCGCCGGGAGCCGGAUCCAGGAGGGCGUGCCUCAGCUCCUGGUGCUGCUGGUGGCCGGGAAGUCGUCCGAUCACGUGGAGGAGGCAGCACGGGUCCUGAAGGGGAGGGGGGUGGUGAUUUUCGCGUUGCAGGCCAAGAACGCAGACCCUGCCCAGCUGGAGCUGAUAGUGCUGUCCCCCGCCUUUAUCCUGGCGGCCGAGUCGCUCCCCAAGAUCGGCAACCUUCAUCACCAGGUGGUGAAUCUCCUAGAGACAGUGCCCACGGCACCAGUUCCAGAGCCGAAGGACGUGGUGUUCCUGCUCGAUGGCUCGGACGGGGUCCGGAGCGGCUUCUCCGUGCUGAAAGGUCUGGUCCAGAGGGUGGUGGAGAGCCUGGACGUGGGCCCCGACCGCGUCCGCGUGGCCGUGGUGCAGUACAGCGACCGCACCAAGCCCGAGUUCUACCUGAACUCCUACAUGGACCAGCAGAGCGUGGUCAGCGCGGUCCGCGGCCUGGCCCUGCUGGGGGGGCCGGCCCCCAGCACCGGGGCCGCCCUGGACUUCGUCCUGAGGAAUGUCCUGAUCAGCUCGGUUGGAAGCAGGAUUGAGGAAGGUGUCCCCCAGCUCCUGAUCAUCCUCACGGCCGACAGGUCCGGGGACGAUGUGGGCGGCCCCUCCAGGGUCCUGAAGAGCGCCGGGGCGGUGCCCAUUGGCAUCGGCAUCGGCAACGCCGAUAUCAGGGAGAUGCAGACCAUCUCCUACGUCCCCGACUUCGCCGUGACCGUCCCCACCUUCACGGACCUGGUGAAUGUACAGCAGCACCUCCACGGGAAGGUCCAGCUCAGCAGACAGGAGCUCACCCAGCUGUCGACGGUUUACGGGCCUUCACCAGCGCCGAGUGCUGGCAGCAAGAAGGACGUGGUCUUUCUCAUUGACGGGUCCCUGCGCGCCGGCCCUGAGUUUCAGUACAUCCGUGCGCUCAUUGAGAGGCUGGUGAACUCGCUGGACGUGGGCUUCGACACCACCAGGGUGGCGGUCAUCCAGUUCGGCCAGGAGAAGCCCCAGGUGGAGUUCCUGCUCAACGCCUACACCAGCAAGGAGGAGGUGCAGAAUGCGGUUCGGCAGCUGCAGCCCAGGGGCGGGAGGCAGGUCAACAUCGGCAGCGCCCUGGACUUUGUGUCCAGGAACAUCUUCAAGAGGCCCCUGGGGAGCCGGAUUGAGGAGGACGUCCCUCAGUUCCUGGUCCUCAUCUCGUCCGGGAAAUCCGGGGAUGAGGUGGACGACUCGGUGGCAGAGCUCAAGCGCUCCGGCGUGGCGCCCCUCACCGUGGCCCGGAACAUGGACCCGGAGGAGCUGGUGAAGAUCUCCCUGAGCCCUGAGUACGUGUUCUCGGUGAGCACCUUCCGGGAGCUGCCCCGCCUGGAGCAGAAGCUGCUGACCCCCAUCACGACCCUGACCUCCCAGCAGAUACGGCGGCUGCUGGCCAGCACCACCUAUCCUCCGCCAGCUGCUGAGAGCGACGCGGCCGACAUCGUCUUCCUCAUCGACAGCUCGGACGGGGUGAGGCCGGACGGCAUCGCGCACAUCCGGGACUUCAUCAUCAAGAUCGUGCGGCGGCUCAACGUCGGCCCCAACAAAGUGAGGAUCGGGCUCGUGCAGUUCAGCAACGACGUCUUCCCCGAAUUCUACCUGAAGACCCACAAGUCCUCAGCCGCCAUGAUCAGCGCCAUCCGCCGCCUGGGGUUCAGAGGGGGGUCUCCGCUCAACACCGGCAAAGCUCUGGAGUUCGUGGCGAGAAACCUCUUCGUCAAGUCCGCUGGGAGCCGGAUAGAAGACGGGGUGCCCCAGCACCUGGUUCUGUUUCUGGGUGGAAAAUCCCAGGAUGACAUUUCCAGGUUUUCCCAGGUGAUCCGCUCCUCAGGGAUCGUGAGCUUGGGGGUGGGCAGCCACAGCGCCGACAGGACGGAGCUGCAGACCGUCACCGGCAACCCCAGGCUGGUCUUCACGGUGCAAGAGUUCAGAGACCUGCCCAACCUGGAAGACAGGAUCAUGAGCGCAGUCGGACCCUCUGGGGUCACGCCGGCACCUCCGGGAGCGCCGGUAACUUCCCCGCCGCGCACAGAAAACAAGAAAGCGGACAUCGUGUUCCUGCUGGACGGCUCCAUCAACUUCCAGAGGAGCAGCUUCCAGGAGGUGCUGCACUUCGUGUCCGACAUUGUGGACACCGUGUACGGGCCGGACGACUCCAUUCAGGUGGGGCUGGUCCAGUACAACUCCGACCCCACUGACGAGUUCUUCCUGAAGGACUUCUCCACCAAGCAGCAGAUCAUUGACGCCAUCAACAGUGUGGUCUACAAGGGGGGGCGGCACGCCAACACCAAGGUGGCCUUGGAGCACCUGCGGCUGAACCACUUCGUGCCGGAGGCCGGCAGCCGCCUGGACCCGCAGGUCUACCCGGUCGCCUUUGUGAUCACCGGAGGGCGGUCGGUAGAGGACGCGCAGGAGGCCAGCCUGGCGCUCACCCAGAAGGGCGUCAAGGUGUUCGCGGUGGGCUUGGGGAGCGCCGACUCCGUGGAGCUCGGGAAGGUCGCGUCCAACAGCGCCAUGGCCUUCCGCGUGGGCAGCAUCCAGGAGCUGUCGGAGCUGAAGGAGCAAGUGCUGGAAACACUGGACGCGGCCAUGCAGAAGAACCUGUGUCCGGGGCAGACGGACGUGGCCAGAGCCUGUAACCUGGAUGUGAUUCUGGGGUUUGAUGGCUCCAGAGACCAGAAUGUCUUUGUGGCUCAGAAGGGCCUCGAGUCCAAGGUGGAGGCCGUCUUGAAUCGAAUCAGCCAGAUGCAAAGGCUCAGCUGCAGCGGCGGCCAGAUGCCCACCGUGCGGGUGUCCGUGGUGGGCAGCACGCCCUCGGGCCCGGUGGAGGCCUUCGACUUUGCCGAGUACCAGCCGGAGCUGCUCGAGAAGUUCCAGAACAUGCGUAGCCAGCACCCCUACAUCCUCACGGCGGACACGCUGAAGGCCUAUCAGAGCAAGUUCCGGCAGGCCUCGCCGGACAGCGUGAAGGUGGUCAUUCAUUUUACUGACGGGGUGGAUGGAGAUCUGGCUGCUUUGCAACAGGCUUCGGAGGAGCUCCGACAAGCAGGUGUCCAGGCGCUGAUCUUGGUGGGCCUCGAGCGCGUCGCCGACUUGGAGCAGCUGAUGCAGCUGGAGUUCGGCCGAGGGUUCAUGUACAACAGGCCCCUGAGGCUCAACUUGCUGGACCUGGACUACGAGCUUGCCGAGCAGCUGGACAACGUCGCGGAGAAAGCCUGCUGCGGGGUGCCCUGCAAGUGCUCCGGACAGAGGGGAGACCGCGGACCCAUCGGCAGCAUCGGGCCAAAGGGCAUUGCUGGAGAAGACGGCUACCGAGGUUAUCCCGGGGACGAGGGCGGACCCGGUGAGCGGGGCCCUCCCGGCGUGAACGGCACCCAAGGCUUCCAGGGCUGCCCCGGCCAGAGAGGAAUAAAGGGGUCUCGUGGGUUCCCAGGAGAGAAGGGCGAAUUAGGGGAAAUCGGACUAGACGGUCUGGACGGCGAAGAUGGAGACAAAGGGUUGCCUGGUCUUUCUGGAGAGGCCGGGAGUCCCGGGAGAAGGGGUGACAAAGGACCUAGAGGAGAUAAGGGGGGAAGAGGCGACGUCGGCAUUCGAGGUGACCCGGGUGACUCGGGACGAGACAGCCAGCAGCAAGGACUCAAAGGGGAAACCGGGGACAUCGGGCCCAUGGGUCUCCCUGGGAGAGAUGGGGUGCCUGGCGGUCCUGGGGAGCCCGGGAAGGACGGCGGCUAUGGCCGGAGGGGCCCAGUAGGAACUAAGGGCAACAGAGGCGAUCCCGGCCAGGCGGGCUCCCCGGGGGAUCAGGGGACCAGAGGUGCACAGGGUGUAGCCGGCCCCACGGGUCCCCCGGGCCAGAUCGGCGAGCAAGGCAUUCCCGGAUCCCGGGGGAGCGGAGGCCCGCCCGGUGCUCCCGGAGAACGAGGCAGAAACGGUCCCCUGGGAAAAAAGGGCGAGCCCGGAGAGCCAGGGCCGAAGGGAGGACUCGGGAGCCCGGGGCCCCGCGGGGAGACGGGGGAGGAUGGCCGAGAUGGGAUCGGCGGUGAAGGGCGCAAAGGCAAAAAAGGAGAAAGAGGGUUUCCCGGAUACCCAGGCCCGAAGGGUUUCCCCGGCGAACCAGGAACAGGGGGACCACCGGGACCCAAAGGCAUCCGGGGCCGAAGGGGAAAUUCGGGACCUCCAGGGGCGAUUGGACAGAAGGGAGACCCCGGUUACCCAGGACCGUCUGGUCCCAGAGGCGACAGAGGCGACUCGAUCGAAAAAUGCGCCCUGGUCCAGAGCAUCAAGGACAAAUGCCCCUGCUGCUACGGGCCCCUGGAGUGCCCCGUCUUCCCGACCGAGCUGGCCUUCGCUCUGGACACCUCGGAGGGGGUCACCCAGGACGCGUUCAGCCGGAUGCGGGACGUGCUGCUGCGGACGGUCGGCGACCUGACCAUCGCGGAGAGCAACUGCCCGCGGGGGGCGCGCGUGGCCGUGGUCACCUACAACAACGAGGUGACCACGGAGAUCCGCUUCGCGGACUCCAGGAAGAAGGCCGUCCUCCUGGACCGGAUCAAGAACCUCCAGGUGGCCCUGACCUCCAAGCAGCAGAGCCUGGAGGCCGCCAUGCUGUUCGUGGCCAGAAACACGUUUAAGCGCGUGAGGAACGGGUUCCUGAUGAGGAAGGUGGCCGUCUUCUUCAGCAACAAGCCCACGAGGGCGUCCCCGCAGCUCAGCGAGGCAGUGCUGAAGCUGUGGGACGCGGGCAUCACGCCGCUGGUCCUCACCAGCCAGGAGGACCGUCAGCUGGCCAGCGCCCUGCAGGUCAACGACACCAAGGUGGGGCACGUGCUCGUCCUGCCCGCCAGGGGAGACCUCACGAGCUUCCUCAGGAACGUCCUGACCUGCCACAUCUGCCUGGACAUCUGCAACAUUGACCCGUCCUGCAACCUGGGCAGCUGGAGGCCCGUCUUCAGGGACAGGCGCGCGGCGGGCGGCGACGUGGACAUGGACCUGGCCUUCCUUGUGGACAGCUCCGAGUCCACCUCCCUGCUGCAGUUCGACGAGAUGAAGAAGUACAUUGGGCACUUGGUGCGACAGCUGGACCUGAGCCCAGACCCCAGGGCCUCGCAGCACUUUGCCAGGGUGGCCGUGGUGCAGCACGCGGCCCACGAGUCCGCGGGCAAUGCCAGCGCGGCGCCUGUGAAGGUGGAGGUCUCCCUGACUGACUACGGCUCCAAGGACAAGCUGCUGGAUGCCCUGGGCUCCCGGAUGGCGCAGCUGCAGGGGACCCGGGCCCUGGGCCGCGCCAUCGACUAUACCGUAGAGCAUGUCUUCGAGCGCGCGCCCAACCCCCGGGACCUGAAAGUCCUGGUGCUCAUGCUGACGGGCGAGGUGCAGGGGCAGCAGCUGCGGGAGGUCCAGACGGCCAUCCUGCGGGCCAAGUGCAAGGGCUACUUCUUCGUGAUCCUGGGCAUCGGCAGGAAGCUCAAUGUCAAGGAGGUGUACAGCUUCGCCAGCGAGCCGAACGACGUCUUCUUCAAACUGGUGGAUAAGCCCACCGAGCUCAACGAGGAGCCCCUGCUCCGCUUUGGGAGGCUGCUGCCGUCCUUCGUCAGCGGUGAAAACGCUUUUUACUUGUCUCCAGAUAUCAAGAAACAGUGUGAUUGGUUGCAAGGGGACCAGCCGGCAAAGAAUCAUGUGAAAUUUGGUCACAGACGAGUAAAUGCUCCGAGUAACGUUACUUCGAGUCCUGUGUCCAAACCCGUGGUCACCGCCAAGCCAGCGGCCGCCCUGGAACAGGCGCCCAGCACCCCCAAACCCGUGGCUGUGGUGCACCUGCCGGCCUCUAAGCCGGCUGCCUCCAGACCCGGGCCUGGGAGACCUGCUGCCGCCAAGCCCGAGGCCACAAAGGUGGCCACAGUCAAACCCGCCGUGGCUGUGAAGCAGGUGUCAGCAGUGAAGCCAGCGGCUGCAAGACCCCCCACCGCUGCCAAACCAGUCGCCACCAAGCCCGAGGCCCCCAAGUCCCCAGCAGCCAGACCAGCUGCCACCAAGCCAGCCACUGCGAAGCCCGUGGUCAAGGCCCCCCGAGAGGUGCAGGUGUCCGAGGUCACCGAGAGCAGCGCCAGGCUCCACUGGGAGAGGCCGGAGCCGCCCAGCCCCUACUCCUACGACCUCACCGUCACCUCGGCCCACGACCAGUCCCUGGUUCUGAAGCAGAACCUCACGGCCACCGACCGCGUCGUUGGGGGCCUGCGCGCCGGGCAGACGUACCACGUGACGGUGGUCUGCUACCUGAGGUCUCAGGUCCGGGCCGUCUACCGAGGAAGUUUCAGUACAAAGAGAACUCAGCCUGUGCCUCCGCAGCCCGCGAAGACGGCCUCCAGUGCGACCGUGAACCUCAUGGUGAACACGGAACCGCUGGCCAGCGGUGAAAGAGACAUAUGCAAGCUGCCCAGGGAGGAGGGCACGUGCCGGAAGUUCGUGCUGAAGUGGUACUACGACGCGGAGACCGGGAGCUGCGCCCGCUUCUGGUACGGCGGCUGCGGCGGCAACGAGAACAGGUUCAGCUCCCAGGCGGACUGCGAGAGGGUCUGCGCGCCCGUGCUCGUCAAACCCGGCGUUGCCGCUGCCAUCGGGACCUAGGGUCACUGGCCAGGGACACACACCUCUGGAAGAAGGAGUCAGCCGUCUCCACGCCGUCUUCGAAGAAGCUCUGGGUGCAGGCUCCCUGGCACCGUGCCGCUUUGAUUUACACUCGAACUUGGGAGGGACCGCCUGCCGCACGACCAUCCAUUUGGUGCUAAGGGGUCUGUGGCCCCGCGCCCUCCGUCUCGGCAGUCAGGUCCUGUGCUGCGGACACCGUCUCCGCCAACCUUCCCGUCACCUCGCCCUCCCUCCGGGGUUCCACGCUGCGCCUGUUCCGGGCAAGCGUGGGGUCUAGAAGGGAACCCCGCCCCCGACGGCCAUGCUGUCUACUCGGCCUUGCUUCCUUCCCCCUUCCCUCUCAGUUAAGCUCGACCUCAGACGGAGACCCUGCCAUGGCGAAUAAACGUGUGCCCCCAAUAUCCUGGGUCAGACGUCGAGAGAAGGCUCUUUUCCUAAAGCCCCUGACCCACGACCUUGGAGGCGAAAUCUUGUAAUCCCUGCGCACCGCCGCGGGACCAGCGCUUUGAGUAAAGAGUGGACAGCAAGUCAUGAGAGAAUAUUCUUGGCAUUCCUCUAAUGUGUGGGUUUUUUUGUGUGGGGGUGGGGGGGGUACCUAAUUUUAAUUUUAAAAUUUUUUAGGAAAUUUAUACAAAGAAACUUUAAAAUAAAGUAUAUGGAAAGUG